ACAAACACACACACGCAUAAAAAAACACUUGCUGUGGUUAUAUUAUUUUUAUCGCAUUGUUUUGCUUCUCUUUUAUUUUUCCGCAAACAAGAUGAAUUUUUCUGGAAAAGUGGUUUUAAUCACAGGAGCUAGUUCCGGCAUUGGCGCAGCCACUUCCCAGGAGUUUGCCAAACUUGGAGCUCAAUUAGUUUUGGUGGGACGAAAUGUUGAAAAACUUAAAGAAACUGCGGCAAAAUGUACCAAUUCCGACAGUCAUCUACAAUUGUCUGCCGACAUGACCAAUGAACAAGAUGUGGAAAGAAUUAUAAAGCAGACCAUAAAGAAAUUUCAAAAAUUGGAUGUUUUAGUAAAUGCUGCCGGCAUCAUAGAGAAUGGUAGUAUUGAAAAUACUUCGUUGGAACAAUACGAUCGGGUGAUGAACACAAAUAUGCGCUCCCUUUAUCAGCUGACAAUGUUGGCUGUGCCGGAACUGAAAAAGACCAAAGGCAACAUUGUUAACAUCUCAAGUGUAUGUGGCUUACGUUCCUUUCCCAAUGUUUUGGCCUAUAAUAUUUCAAAGUCUGCUGUUGAUCAGUUUACCCGCUGUGUUGCCUUAGAAUUGGCUUUAUCCGGUGUACGUUGCAAUUCGGUGAAUCCAGGAGUUAUUGUCACAGAACUCCAUAAGCGCGGAGGUAUGGAUGAGGAAGCAUAUCAAAAGUUCUUGGAACAUUGCAAGGCCACUCAUGCUUUAGGAAGAGCAGGACAAGUCGAUGAAGUAUCGGGGGUUAUAUGCUUCUUGGCCAGUGACAUGGCAAGUUUUAUAACUGGAGUUAAUAUGCCCGUAGAUGGUGGUCGUCAUGCUAUGUGCCCCAGAUAAGCAUUAUUUUAUACAAAUGCAAAAGAAAAUAAUUGUGAUUUUUAUGAAAUAAAAUACAUUGAAUGUUUGAAUUAAUUCCACUGAA